UACAUUUUGACAGCUCUACUCCUAGGCUUCCUCCUCUUUCUCAGACGCGCCCUCACCUUCCUCGACUGGAUAUGGGCCGCGUUCCUCCGACCGCCAAAGGACCUUAAGGAACAUUACGGCUCAUGGGCCGUACUCACCGGCCCAACCGACGGGAUCGGGAAGGCUCUCGCCUUUGAGCUGGCCUCUAGGGGCCUCAAUCUCGUCCUCGUGGGCCGCAGCCCGUCCAAGCUCCGAGCCACCACGGACGAGAUAAUGAUUAGAUCACCACACGUGGAGAUCAGGACGGUCGUGUUGGAUCUCGCGAGAUCAAGAGGAGAAGAGAUAUUGGGCGCGAUACGAAAUGGGAUCGAAGGGCUGGACGUGGGAAUUCUCGUCAACAACGCUGGGGUCGGCUUCCCUCUGCCGAUGUUCUUCCACGAGAUGGACGCGGAGCUGGUGGAGUGGUCGUUGAGGGUGAACGUGGACGCCGCGACUUGGGUGGCUAAGGCGGUGGUUCCGGCGAUGCUGCGGAAGGGGAGAGGCGCGGUGGUUAACGUUGGUUCGGGUUCGUCCGUCGUCGUGCCUUCGUAUCCUUUGAUGAUGGUUUAUGGCGCCACUAAAGCGUAUGUGGCUAUGCUCUCGAGGUGCAUGAGUUUGGAAUAUAAACAGCAUGGGAUUGAUAUCCAAUGUCAGGUAAAGGAUACAAUGUUAAUAAAUAAAAAUUUAUCUUAUACCGUGAACUUUGUUAUUCCCGUCACAACUCAAAAUCACGAGAAUGUGUUUAUAGAAAUAGGCGUCAGUGGAUCGAGCAUUAAGAUCUUUGAGACUAUGGUCCAUCCAACUGUCUCAAAGUGUUCAACACUCGAUCCAACAGCUCCCAAUCAUGUGCGUACAAUGUACAUUCUCACAUAUAAACUUUGUGACGAUGAUCAGCACCCUAAUCGAUUGCUACUAUAUAUGAUGGGGUAA